UGCCAUGGGGAUAUGUCGUCUGCCCGUCUGCUUCGAGUUCUCUAGGCGAAUUUUGUUCCUGAAUCCUUCUCUUUCAGUUCUUAAUUCGGGUCUGAAAUUUUCAAAAUGGUCAAGGGACGACGAGGCAUCCGAAAAACAGUCUGGAAAAGCAGACGACGAAAACGUGUUCACAGGAAACGUGCCGCUUGACCAGCUUCAAGUAUCGUACUGCCGCAGUAGCGGACCGGGUGGUCAGAACGUUAACAAAGUGAACAGCAAGGUGGAGAUCAGAUUCCACGUCCAAAGUGCUCAAUGGAUACCUCCUCUAGGCAGGAAAAAACUACUAGAAACUUGUCAGCACAUGAUGAACAAAAACGGGCAGCUCAUAGUGACCUCUGAAAAGACACGGUACCAGCAACUCAACACCACCGACUGCCUGGAACGCUUGAAGGCGCUCAUCAUCAAAGCCUGCGAGCCACCGCCAGAACUCAGUCCAGAGACUAAGCUCAUGAUCAGUUCGAGGUGA